AUGAAAAGAAUCUUCACUCGUUCGUUUACCCGAGGUGCUGCUAGAAACGGCCGUUCUCCUCUCAAGGCCAGCAUUAUUCCAACCCCUGUGGCCGUGACUGUGGGUGCAAUUGGUGCUUCUGUCGCUGCCUAUUACUUGUUCGACGCUAGAGCUGGAAUCCAUGAAUACGUCUUUUGUCCAUUGAUCAGAACUUUCACCGACGCUGAAAACGGUCACAAAUUGGGCAUUAAACUUAUGAGCCUUGGUCUCUCUCCAAAAUUGAGGGAAGAGUCGGCUCUGAAGGAGAAGGAGUACGAUAGCAUAUUGGGAGUGGAUGUUUUUGGCACUCGCUUGAAGUCUCCUAUUGGUCUUGCUGCUGGUUUGGAUAAGGAAGGCCAGGCUAUCGAUGCUCUUUUCGAUACUGGUUUUUCCUACGUUGAAAUUGGGUCCAUUACGCCUGAAGCUCAACCAGGAAACCCUCAACCACGUUUUUUCCGCUUGCCUCGGGACGACGCCGUCAUUAACAGAUACGGUUUCAACUCCCUGGGCCACUUGAGCGUUUUGAAUACCUUGAGACAGAGAUUUGACUCCUUUACUGGGCACGUCAACAAUGCUAAGAGACCCGGUAAGCUUUUGGGUGUCAACCUCGGUAAGAACAAGAAUGGUGACGAGGUGCAAGAUUACGUGACCGGUGUCCGUAGAUUCGCCUCUUACGCUGAUGUGUUGAUUGUCAAUGUUUCUUCGCCUAAUACUCCAGGUCUUAGGGAUCUUCAAAGCGAGCUGAAGCUUACUGACCUUUUGAAGGCUGUUGUGAGCGAGAGAAACACCCAGGGCAAGAAUUUGUGUGGUAAGACGCCUCCUGUGCUUGUUAAGGUCGCUCCAGACUUAACUGAACCUGAGAUUGAGUCAAUUGCCAACUCUGCCAAGGACUCAAAAGUCGAUGGUAUCAUCAUCUCAAACACUACAAUUCAGAGACCAAACAAGCUCUUGACCACAGAUAUGAAGUUGGUGAAUCAGACUGGUGGAUUAUCUGGCAAGCCAUUGAAGCCAUUGUCUUUACAAGCAUUGAAAACCUUGAGAAAAUACACCAAGGACAGUAAUUUGGUAUUGGUCGGUUGCGGUGGUAUCUCCUCUGGUAAGGAUGCCCUCGAGUUCGGUAAGGCAGGUGCCUCUUUCAUCGAAUUGUACACUGCUUUUGCCUACAAAGGACCAGGAUUGCCAGCUAAAAUUAGAGAUGAGUUGACAGCCUUGUUGAAGAAAGAAGGAAAGACAUGGCAACAGAUUGUCGGUGAAGAUGACAAAUAA